AUGCAGCUCUUCUACGCCCUCCUUUCUCUCCUCCCUCUUGUAGCUGCAAACGGCCGGAUUCGCUUCAACGCAUUCGACCACGUCAACUGCCAAGGAUUCGAGGAGAACUACGACCUCAACCCCGCAACAGUGAAGGGAAAUUUUCCAGGACCCCGCGGCGCUAUUCAGAUCCUGCAAACAUCUGCGGGAUGUCACCUUACGCUUUACACGGGCGCCAACCAGUCGCCGAAUGAUGGCAGCAAGCUCCGAAUUCCUACUGAUAGCGCGAACUGCUUUUGGAAUGGGAAUGGGUUCGAGCAGUAUCACAGCUUUGGAUACUACUGCGACUGA